UAUGGCAGGAAAUAUUCGCCUUCCUUUGAUGUCCAUUGAAUUUGAAAAUGACAUCCCACUCUACAAAUAUGCCCACUCAUUUUAUGUUCUAUUGUUAUUUCGAUAUGGAGUUAUUUGUGCUGUACAUGCAUGCCUGAUGGUAUCAAACUAUUUGAUCUUUAUUCGUAUAAACAGCAAUGCUGUCUUUAUUGUUACCAAAUAAUUAUGUCUGGAGAAAUAUCAGAGGGAAUUAUCACAGUGGUACCACUGCAUGGGCAUAUCCUAGCAACUGCAUACAAUUAGGAGCUAUAGCAAUCCGUGCCAAACCAAAUGACCGGUAUAUCGAAGUGGCCAUACUUUAGAGAGCCAGAAUAGCGAGAGUCUAUACUGUAUUCAAAAAGUGUGUACAGAAAUUGAACAAUCUGAUUGGACUCCAUAGUUUUACGAAGGCUGUUGUACAAAAACUCAAUGAUGCAUUACAGAGACGAAAUCAAGAACAGUGCGAUCAAGGCAGAUCGUUCGGUGCUAGGAUCUCAAAAGGAAGUGCUGACAUCUUUAGGAGACUGUGUGGUGCAAGUAACAAGGUUGCUGUGACAGUCCUUGAAUGCUUUGUACUCUGCUGACUCAGACAUGAUGCUUGACAAAAAGUGAACAAUACUAAGCUUUGUGCAUGAGAAUGAGCCCCACUCCCAAUCUUAUAGCAGAGGGCCUGAAGUAGUGUAAUAAUCUGACUAUUGGACCAAAAUUAUUCAUGAUCUCAUGAUCAUUAAGUAACUAUAGCUCUUAUAAUACCAUACACAACCCUCCUGUCCUAACAUUUAUCUGUCCAAUCAAACAACUUUUGUACCACUCAAGCCUCCAUGCAGGUAACUCAGCCAGCAUACAGAGAUGUGUGAGUACCUGUAUGUACACACAUUGAUUGUGCUGCUAUAACUCCCUGAAAUACUAGCUGUUGGCGUUGUAGACUAGGUCUGAGAAUAAUAUUCAUAGCGGCUAUAUGAGGGAGUUGUGUUUGUGCAUGUUUAGCUAAUAAAUGUCGUUUUUGUUAUUAAUUUUUAAUUUAUUAAUUAAAUUUUUAAUUAAAUCAGCCCAGGUGGGCAUUUGGCAUUUGGUAUGUUGCUGUAGUGUAGCAACUAUAUCUGCACAGUCAUGCAUACAUCAUGUUUCGGUUUUUACAAGCACCUCAGAGUAAACUUUGACCCCACCUCAACUGAUGUCUCUAUUCAAAGAGCAUGUACAGAAGUUCCAAAAAUUUCUAAGAAUCGAACAAUCCGAUUGGAAUGGACGUUGUCAGCUAGGCUUAUAUGUCUUAAUUGAAUUGUGCCAUAAUUAUGGAGCCUUUUUAUGCAACAGGUAUGUGCAGUGCAUGCAUGUGUGUGGGACAGUGGUCACUCAAUCUCAUGCAUGGCUGCAUACAUAAAACUGACAUGCAUGUGACCUUAACUUACAUAGAUCUUCUACCCUGUGAAGUGUAAUGAGAAACUAUAAUACAGCUCUUUUUGGGGAUAUACUAGUAAGAAUUUGGUGCCAGUGUGCAUGAAGCAUUAGAGAGAUUAGCUGCUGCAACUUAGAAUCUCUAUAUAUCGAUCUACACUCUGGCAAAGACUGCAUGUAUAAGUCUGUGAGAGGUGCAAAAUGACAACAAAUAUUGGUAACGUUGUAUUGGUGAGCUGCAACGAGCAGCUAGUUACUCACUUCGCUUCAGAUCCUAGAGGAUACGCUGGAGUUUUGUUUCAAAACCAUCUGAUAUCAGAAGAAACAAAUCAGGAAAUCCAGCUUGACAAGACAAACACGGCAAAAGCCAGGAUGCUAGUACUAGAAUUGCAGGCAAAAGUCAAAAGUUUUCCGGGAACUUAUGAUAAAUUCAUUACAAUACUUCGGGAAAGGAAUGAGCGACAUGAUGACGACCUCAUCUCAGCGCUUACAGAUAAGUACAAGGAGUUAGAAGCUGUGGAUCAAACAAACUCAGCAGAAACUGAAGUUCCAGUAGAACCACAGAGGAUUGUUGCAACCAUGGACUACGAAGAUCAAGCAGGUGGAGAAUUAACACCGAGAUCUGUCAGUACAAGCUCAUCUGGAAUCGAAUCACUCACGGCUUCUGAUUCUAAUACAGAUCGGACAUUUUUUAACUUCCAAUGCGGCUGUGGAAAGUGUACCAUCUUGGGUCAUGUCACUGGCAGGGAUAAGUGUUUAAGCUCCAAGCCACCUCAAAUUAAAAGAUUCACUCGUGACACUCCUUGUAGUGAAAACAGAGUAUCAUCCACAGAAAUCUCUUAUAGUACGUUCAAGACAGCCCUACAUAAUGAAACACAAAACAUUCAUUCGAAGUUUUGUAGCUUACUCACAAACACGAUUACGAAUCUGGAAAAACAAUAUGACAUUACUAAAGUGAAGCAGUACGUCCAGGCACUUUUAACACCACAAGGAUCGUAUUUCAACAAAAUUUAUCGCAAACCUUCUGAAGAGAUUCUGAUCCGUGAUGUUACCAGUUUUAGCGAAUUGUCUGACUACUUACAGAAUAAUUUCUGCUCUUGGUUCAAUUAUUCACUCAUUUCCGCAAUACGAGAAGAAUUUCUUUUCUCGAAUAAAAAUGAUCCAUCUUUAGUGAGAUAUGAGCAUUUCUUUCAGCAAUAUAUUAAUCGACGAUGUUUUCUAUUUGUUGAUGACUUUGGCCCUCAACCGUCUCACAUUGAAUCAGUGGAGAUAACAUGUAAGAUCGAUGUUGACUUUGAUGCAAUCACCUUCGAUCAAAUUCAAAAAUUGAAGUUAGUUUUUGUGAAUUGCUGGGGACAACUACUACCACACCAAGUUCUGAAUUUGAAGCAUGUUCAAGAAGGCUGUACAGAGCUGGUGUUUAGAGUUCCAGCUUAUUUUAGGCAUGUUUACAGCCAGUUGAGUCCUGAACAAAUGCAGCACCUGAAAGAAAAUGCAUUCAUUGAGGUCAAAAUUGGUCAACAAGUAAUAUUGAAGGCAGAAGGUGAUUCAACAAAGAAGCUGCUAAAAGCGUUUGGCCAAGAUGGUGGUGACCCGACUUCUGCCUUAGCCUCACUGAUAGGGCUUGAUCCGACAGUUGAUGUGAGUUCAAUCAGGGACAGUGAUGGAAUGACCCUCCUCCAUCUUGCUUGUCGCUGGGAUUGGUCAAAGUGGGAACUCUUAGUCACCCAAUUGGUCGAAACACACCGCCAUAAUGUCUCAGUUGUGAAUGAGGAUGGAGACACACCUCUGCACACAGCUGCUCGAUUCAACAACAGAGGAGCUGCGGAAUAUCUUCUUGAGCUCAGUGAUGUCAAUGCUAGAAAUAACGUUGGAUUAACUGCCUUUAACAUUGCAGAUCAAAAGCAACAUCAAGAAGUUUUGAGAGUGUUGGUCGAGUGUGAUGAAAUAUUUGCCAACAUCCCAAUAAUCAGCACCGAAGUUUUUCAGUCAGACGAACCCAUAUACAGGACAAGCAGUGACUCAAAUAUGUCAUCCAGCGCAGAUGAAUCUACCAGCCCCCAAGGGGACAAUUUGAAGUUAGUACCGGAUGUAUCUUCUACAAAGGAAGAUCUCUCAUCAAUAUCUACAUUAUCCCAUCAAAGUCGGGUUGAAAGGCAUGGCUCUACCAUAAGAUCAAGAAAUCUUCGGAGUGAUAAUUCAGAGCCAAGUCAACAUUAUACACCACCUCCUGUUUUAAAGUCCAAGCUUGAUGAUGAUAAUGAUGAUGAGACUAAUAAUCCACCGGAGUACAGUGAAAGUACCAGGCUAUCGACUGUUCCAACUUACUUAGAAUCAAAUGAAAAUGGUCCUCCCAGAUACAAUUUACCAUAUAUUCGUCCUCCCGCAUAUAUCACCAAUUGCAACCAACAGCCUCCCGCCUCACAACAAGAUUCAGAAGCUAUUAACAAUCUCCACACACAACCUGAUGAUUCAGACUCCCAAACAACCCUUAUAAGUAAUGAUUCUCAACCCCAUGAAGAACACCAGAAUACCGUAUCCUCAACAGCAAAAACCCUGUGUGCUGGAUGCCUGAUCAGUAUUGUUGACAAUCAUUGGGGGAAGGUAAUUUCCAAGGUAUUAUUCUCUGAACAAAGCUCUCAAAGAAGCUCUCUAAGACUAUCCAGAUUUUUUUUCUUUUUGGGGAUAAUAUGCUUUGCAGCAUUAUUUUUCACCCUAAUCUAUGCUGAAACAAAUCCCAGAGUGUAUGAAGGCUCGGUACAUAUCACUCAGCUUAUCCAGCCAUCUAUACUACCUAUAGCUCUGAUCGGAGGUAAUGUACUACAACUAACACUCACUGAGAUCCCAAAUACUCAGAUUAUCCCAAUUUACUUCAACAUUAGCAAUUGUGAUGAUAUCAGAAAAGAAAAUUCCACAAUAUACGAAGAAGGAAUACUCAUUCCAGAAGAAAAUACUCCAAUUUAUGAGCUCUACACACAAUAUAACGUCUCUCUGAGGUUGCAAAUUCAAUUAUCAGCUAACUAUAACAGCUCAGAUCUAGAAUGCCCAUUUGUUUUGGUAGUUUUUGACAAUGUUAAAGAAUACGAAUCCUUUUUGCACAAUGGAUCUUGGGCGUUCACCUAUAUGGAGUACUGCAUCAAAAAUGAUAAUUUCUCGAUCAGUAUCAUACUUGCCGGAAAUAGCUAUUAUUUUUUGGGUGUUCACUUUGAAGCCAACUCACAUAUUAUGGGAAACAUAACAUAUAUUAUCGACGGCCAGAAUGAGGAAAACUCAACUAGCUCCUUCACAAGCCUUUGCUCAAUAACAUCCACAGCUACAACAGCUUGUAAUCACAAUUUUAACAGUUUUUUGGACACACCAAAUUUGUGUAUCAUAGGAGUUGUUCCCAAACGAAAUGCUAGUGGUGUAAUAAGGAAAGCAGAACUCCAGUAUUCCUAUUCAACCUUCUCAACACUUGUUAUGUGGCUAAUGUUAAUUAUAUUCUUUCUCAUGUGGCUUUUAGUGCCAAUCUUUUACAAUUAUUACAUGAAACUGAAAACCAACAAAUCAGUUCAAAUCCGUCACAGCCGACAGUCACAUCAUAACUCAAAUUCACUCAAAUUCAUAAUAUUUAUUAUUAUUAAUAUAAUUAUUAUUAUGUUCUUUUUUAUUUUUUACUUAACCUUUAUUCUUACUAUAAACUUUAUUUAGUCUUGUUAUUAUUAUUAUUGUUGAAAAUAACGGAAGUCAAUAU